AUGACAGUGAUCCUCGAGCCUGCUCAUACACAUGACUUCGCCCAUGCCAUAAGAACCGUCGCCGUCAUAGGCUCGGGGCCUACUGGAACACCUGCUGCUAGACAUCUUCAAGAUGCCGGUCUGAAGGUGCGGCUAUUUGAGAGACAGUCUCAGUCCGGCGGUAUCUGGAAUUGGCGACCUGCAGCUUCACUACCAUUAUCGGGGCCAACACUCCCUCCAUCGGUCGGAGCUUUCACCCCUGUGUUCCGUCAAAGUGGGACCUAUGAAGAUCCUGAUCUUCAAAGGAAUGUUUCCCAUAAAUUCUUAGCUGAUUAUGUGCAUAACUAUGCAAAACAUUUUGGCCUCGACAAAUUAGCAUCAUACAAUACCAGAGUCGAAAAGGCCGAGAAGGUCGACCAUAAGUGGAUGUUGAAUCUUCGAAAGGUAGUUGAUGAAGGGAAUGAGAAAGCCAGAGAGGAACAGUGGUCCGAAGAAUUUGACGCUGUAGUUGUGGCUACUGGUCAUUACAACGCUCCAUACAUACCUCCACUCAAUGGUGUGGAUGCCUGGGCGGCUGCAUGGCCGACCAAAGUCAUACAUUCGCAAGGUUAUCGAGUACCCGAACCCUAUGAAGGAAAGACUGUUUUGCUUGUUGGCAUAGGCACGAGUGGUACCGAUAUCGCUCGAGACCUCGACCCAUACGUCGAGAAAACCUACUUAGUGGGCAGAAACAAACUCAGAGGUCCGCCCGCAUAUCAGAGACAACGUAAAUUGCAAAGAUUCAUGGUAUCCGAGAAAGGGGAGUCAGUGGCGGAGAUACAGCGAUUCGUUCCUCCAAACCCUGGACAAUCUAUAGAGGAAGCAGAAGUUGAGCUUAAAGACGGAAGAAUACUGAAAGGUAUCAGUGAGGUGAUUUUUGCCACCGGGUAUCAGUACUCCUUUCCAUUUCUUCCAAGGCACCAUAGCAAUUAUCAAGGCGUGCGCUCGGAACGGGCUGAAAAACACCAGCUGGUGACCGAUGGCUCUGGCGUGCUCAACUUGUGGCGUGACGUUUUCUACAUUCCAGACCCACCACUUACAUUAAUUGGGUUGAGUGUGAACACCUCAGCAUUCUCUUUCUUCGAGUAUCAGUCGAUCUCCAUCGCAAGGGUUCUCUCGGGCAAAGCUAAGUUACCAGAUGAAGCUACGCGUUGGGCCAAUUACGCCCAGCUGGUCAAAGAGAAAGGGGAAGGCAAAUUUAGUCAUCUGCUCAACAAGGAUGGAGAAAGAAGUUAUGUCAGAGAUACGGUCGAGUGGCUCAACAGAGAGGCGCAAUGGUCAGGCGCGGAGUUGAUCGAAGGCCACAGUUUUGAAUGGCUGGCGGAAAGCGAUAAGAUGCAGGAGCUGUUUGCUGUCAAAUAUGGUAUCACGCCGGAACAGCUUCGACAAAUCAGUGAGGAGAUCAAUGCGGGUGAUGGGCAGGAUCAAGAGGCUAUCUCGAAAGACUUUGCGACCGCUGCCGACGAGACGAACGCUAGAGCGAUUGAAGGAUUGGCGAGGAGGGUGGGGGCCGUGAAGGCUUAA